CGCGUAGGCAUUCCGGGCGCCGGGCGCUUGGAGGAAUGCCCUGAACAGCUGGAUCCCCUGCAGACAGCCGGCGCCUUGCCCGGGCACAGCUUUGGUUCCUUGACGAAGAAUUUGACUGUCGUGCAUGCUUCGUCCCUCGCGCAUGAGAAAUGACCCAAAGGAGCGGAGACUUGAAGCACCCCGGCCUGCGAGGGGAAGUCGCCUGAGAAGAAAUCUCUGUAGCUAAGCGCUGUUGGCAUCCAGCUUUUUUCCUGGCUGGCAGCCUGCUAUGGCCCGCUCCAGCAUCUGGAACAGCCUCAAGUCCGUGCUGAGAAGGAAGGAGGACCCCUUGUUCUUAAACGAUGCCAGUGCCUUCGAUUUCUCAGAUGAGGCUGGAGACGAGGACUAUCCCAGAUUCAACAAACUGCGGGUUGUGGUUUCUGAUGAUGCGGCUGAGGCCACCCCGGACGCUUCGGCCAACGGGACCCGCUUGGGGCUCCAUUCUGAUGAUGAUUCCUUGCUGGACAGGGACCUUGCGAUGCAGGCUGCCCACCCUGCUCCCAGCACGGACCCCUGUAACAGUUGCAGCAAACAGAGAGAGCUAUUGAAGGAAAGGACGGUAAAGAGACGGCUGGUUCUAGCGGCAGUCCUCUAUCUCCUCUUUAUGACAGGGGAGCUGGUCGGUGGAUACAUCGCCAAUAGCCUAGCCAUCAUGACGGAUGCGCUUCACAUGCUAACUGACCUCAGCGGCAUUAUUUUGACCUUGCUUGCUCUGUGGCUGUCCGGAAAAUCGCCCACCAAAAGGUUCACCUUUGGAUUCCAUCGCUUAGAGGUUUUGUCCGCCAUGUUCAGCGUCCUGCUGAUUUAUAUCCUUAUGGUUUUCCUCUUGUACGAAGCUGUUCAAAGAACCAUCCAUAUGGACUACAAUAUCAAUGGGGACAUCAUGCUUAUUACGGCAGCUGUUGGUGUGGCCGUAAACCUCAUAAUGGGCUUCUUGCUGAAUCAGUCGGGUCACCUCCACUCCCAUUCGCACACCCCUUCUGCCGUUCCUCUGUCCAACUCUUCUAGCGCAGCUUCCGGGCACAGCCAUGCUCACGGCAGCCUGGCAGUGAGAGCUGCGUUUGUACACGCUUUGGGAGACUUGGUGCAAAGCAUCGGUGUACUUGUAGCGGCCUACAUAAUUCGUUUCAAGCCAGAAUACAAGAUCGCUGAUCCUAUAUGCACGUAUGUGUUCUCAGUACUUGUGGCUUUUACAACGCUUCGGAUCAUACGGGACACAGGAAUAAUUAUACUUGAAGGAGUACCAAGGCAUUUGAAUGUGGAUCGUAUUAAAGAAGAGUUAAUGAAAAUUGAAGAUGUGCAUUCAGUAGAAAAUCUGAAUGUUUGGUGUCUGACAGCAGGAAAAACUGUUGCCAUCGUCCACUUGCAAUUAGUUCCCAGUGGCUCAUCAAAAUGGGAGGACAUCCAGUCCAAGGCUAGACGGUUGCUGCUGAACACUUUUGGAGUGUAUCAAUGUUCCGUCCAGCUUCAGAGUUACAGGCGCGAGGAGAACAAGCCCUGCGUUAAUUGUCAGAAUUCCAGUGCCUAACUUUCCACACGUUUUGCGGGUGUGCUGCCUUAUUCUUUUUAUCUUGCAGUCAAGACAACCACAGAGCAAUAAUACAAGAUUUACAAGUGGAAGAGGACCUCUUGGAGAAUGCUUAGAACUGGAGAAAGAGUUGGGAUUACCCUUUGGCCAGGAGGAGCGUGCUCUAUCUCUCUCCCUCCCUUGCUCCCUGUUAUAUUUUGCUAGGGUUUCCAUGCCACGAUAUUUCCCAAAAAUGUUUACAGAUCACUGGAUGGUUAGGCAGAUACCUCAGUGUACACUUCCAUGUUGCCAACUGUUAACUCCAUGCUGGUAUUCCUACAUUCCAACGAAAAAGGCAUUGGGUGUUAGCUACUUGAAUUUUAAGAGUUGACAAGGUUGAUCAUGUUGGUGAUCUAUAAAGUUAAAGAUUCCUGAACUGGUUGCACAGUAUUUUUUUUUCAAUUAUAAAAUCUAGAUUUUUUAAUACCUUGCCUAAUACAAUAAACACCACUUUCUUCUGGAGUAUUGGAGCCUUUUCCUCUCUCCACACGAACUUGAAUAUGUAUUGGAAAAGACAGCUUUUACUGUAACCAGUUUUGGACAUUUUAGCUUUAACCUAUCCAAAUCAUAAAAAGAUAAGCUUACCAGUUGUUUAAUUGAAGACUUAGGGGCUGGACCCGCAGCAUUUGAAAGGAUCUGCUGUCUUUCAUAUCUCUAGGCAUAGGCUUUAUACCAUAGGGGGAAAUAUAUUUAAUUUCUUUGAGUAUUAUAUUGACUUCAAGACGAUUCUUACUGUUCAUUUCAAGAAUCUAAAGUCAUGUUUUAACCUGCUUCAAAGGCCGUUUGGUUAGCAUGAAUCUUAAUAAUAGAAAGCAAGUAUGCCGUAGGAGCCCCCUUCCAGCUGAUUUGCCUGUCUGGAGGAGAAGGGGGCCUUAGAGAAACUGUAUUAAGUGCAAGAAUCGAAUCAAUAGAUGUAACAUAGAUGUUCAGAAAACGUGAGACUUCAGAUACGUUGCAGUCCUUGGAGAGUAGAAUUGUGAGAAUUGGGUUCCCUUUUUAUUUUUUCAUUACUUUCCGAUUUUUAAAUACGGCAUUUGCAUGGUGACGUCUGAUGAAGUGUGCCCGUGAGCUGUUGGUGAUUUGGUGAGCAGUGCUGCUUCACAUUCUAAUGGAAGCAUAGCCUCUAUCAUUGUUUGUUCUUCUAGUAACAGUUUAUUUUUUUAAAAAAACAAAAAACCUUCCUUUCUGACCUGUGUUGAAUGCAGGCCUUACUAACUGCUUUGCAGGGACUAAAUUUACAUUUGUUUCUUCCCCCUGGAGAAGGGGGGAACCAGAGAGAGAAGUGAGAUAAAGACGUUGCACUCGCUUUGUAAGUAGGAGAAAGCCAACCUGAAUUAUAGCUUUAACGCUGCAAAAAAAAAAACCCCACAAAACCCCAUAAUACCAGCAUUUGGUCUGCAAUGAUAUCACUGCAUCUAUAUUGUUUUGAUCUUUCUAAAGAGAACUGUAUCAGUAUUCCUUUGGUUUAAGAAAAACAAUCAACUUUUUGGCUAAUAUUGUGAGUUUUGGCCUCCAGGUAUGACACUUGAGGCAAUUUUGUCCCUUUACUACAGUACUGUUACCUUCAGAACGUUGUACUAGCUGCAGUUAGGACUGAACCAAACCAAAAGAAAUAGUUUAUCUUGACUGCAAUUGAUGACAGUAAUUGAAGAAGUGGGUAUUGAAGUACCAGUAUUUUAUCACCAAGUACCAAUAUUUUUACUAAUUGGAUAAUUAUUUAGAUCAUUAAAAAUCAAUAUCCAGUUCUUUCACAUAAUGAUUAUUGUAAUGUUGAAGACCAGUAUCUAUCCGCUGAUAAAAAUAAAUAUUACAGUAGUUGUGUUAAAGCUCUAUGGAUAUUUAGAGUGUUUAUAAUUUUAAAUAACUAUCCAGUUACCUGAUGGAAAGAUUGAUUAUCUUUUAUCACUUUUCCAAGAGAUACCUGCUAGAAAAAUUAAAUCACUCAGAAUAUGGUGGGCAGUGAUACCUUAAUUAUAUUUCUAAAACACCCCUUUGCUGGAUUUCUGAUGUUGCUUGUAACUGAAGCUAGCCAGUACUUGUCUCCUCUUGUCCAUUCCAAUAUAAAUUUCAGUGUUAACUGAAUAAUAUGCACUAUAUUAUAUUUUCUUCCCAAACCAAGUGGAAGGCCUACAAGAACGCUUGCAUUUCCAGCUCAGAGAUGAAGAGCCGGUAUCUUUUUAGAAGUCAGUUGGUUUAUUUUGUUACAUAACAAUUUAACACAAAGCCAUAUCACAGUUUGUGAAAAAAAUUAAUUUGUGUCUCCCUUCUAUAUGACCUUUCCGGAAGUCAGGUAUUUUUGCACACAAUGGAUAUUCAUAAUGGAUAUUUCAUUAAGUUGGGGUUUACAGUAUACGAGUUAGAAAUUGGGGUAGAUCUGUACUGUCUUGGAGGUUUUUUAAUUGUAAUUAUUUACUAUAUAUUGUUUAAUGAAACAGAUGUGUUGCUUUACUGUGGAUUUAUUAAAUCACUUAUUAAUACA